AGCUGCCGGGUCUCUUACCGGCGCUGCUGCUACCUCUACCGCUUACCUCGUAGUGCCGCGGGGUCAGGGCUGGGGCCGUGCGGAGAGGGGCGGCCUCCCUACCCAAAUCGCUAUGAUGUCGUCCUCAGCUGCGAUUUACGUGCUGUCCACCCUGGGGGGCUAUGCAGUGACCUCGUUCCUGCUGCUCAAGUACCCGACCCUGCUGCACCAGAGGAAGAAGCAGCGAUUCCUCAGUAAACAUAUUUCUCACCGCGGAGGUGCUGGAGAAAACUUAGAGAACACAAUGACAGCCUUUCGGCAUGCAGUUAAUAUGGGAACUGAUAUGCUGGAACUGGACUGCCAUAUCACAAAAGAUGAACAAGUGGUAGUAUCCCACGAUGGGAAUCUGAAAAGAUCAACUGGAAUAAAUGUAAACAUCUCUGACCUCAAGUACUGUGAACUUCCACCUUACCUUGGCAAAUUGGAGGUAACAUUUCAAAGAGGAGGCCUAAGUGAGGGAGAAGACAAGCGUAUUCCAUUACUGAAGGAAGUUUUUGAGGCUUUUCCUCACACACCAGUAAAUAUUGACAUCAAAGUCAACAACGAUCUACUGAUUAAGAAGGUUUCAGAAUUGGUAGCUCAGUACAAACGAGAACACUUGACUGUGUGGGGCAAUGCCAAAUAUGAGAUUGUAGAAAAGUGUCACAAAGAGAAUUCAGAUAUCCCCAUUCUCUUCAGUCUACAACGUGUUCUGCUCAUUCUUGGCCUGUUCUACACUGGCCUCUUGCCCUUUGUGCCCAUCUGUGAGCAGUUUUUUGAAAUUCCAAUGCCUUCUAUAAUACUGAAACUGAAGGACCCACAAAGCAUAUCAAAAAGUCAAAAGUUUCUCAUCUGGCUUGCUGACUGGUUGCUAAUGAGGAAAGCCUUAUUUGACCACCUCACUGCUCGGGGCAUUCAGGUAUAUGUUUGGGUACUAAAUGAAGAGCAAGAAUACAAAAAAGCUUUUGAUUUGGGAGCAACUGGGGUGAUGACAGACUAUCCGACAAAGCUUAAGGAAUUUUUACAUAAUUAUUCAUAAGUCGGCAUAAAAAAGGCAGUUGAAGAAGACUAAGGAAUAUUCUUUUUUUUUUCAGCAUCAUAUAAGCCGUUUCCAGAAUGGUAAAAGAUGUAAUCAGUUGAGUUUUAUUACCUCAUUUUAAGCCUGGUUCAUGAUAUUGAAACUAUAAUGUAUAUUUAUUUUAAAGUAUAUUUCAGAUUUUAUGUUUGUAUGUGGUUUGUUGAGAAAGCUGACAUUUAUUGGGAUGGGGCAGGUAGAAGAAAGAGAGGGGAUUGAGAUUUCUGCAUUCUAGCUAGAACAAGCAGUUUACAAAUCAAAGACUAACACUAAUGGAAUAGAUAAAAUCCAGAAUUUUGAAAGAUCUUGGUAUUCACUAGACUGAGAUCAUUUAAUCAAUAAAACUAGAUUUUUAAAAGACUACAGCCACUCUUUAAGUUGGCUUUUUAUUUCUGGACAUAUUGUUAGCCUGCACAGGGAAGAAAGAAAGCAGUAGAAGGAACAAAAAAACAAAAAGAAACAAACCAAUGAUGAGGUUAUGUGAUGAGACACACACUGUGAUCAGUAGUGAGUCUUACAGAAAUAAUUGGAAAUACCAUCACUUGACCAGAAAAAAAAAAUCUGUAGAAAAUAAAUUAAUUGGGGGGGGGCGCUAUUGUUACAUACUUUUGUUAAUAAAAUGUUAGGCUAAUCUCUGAAGUCUUUGGGGCCCAUGUUUGUACACAUUAGGUGCAUACCAUCAAUUUUAUGACUAACUUUGUUUUUAUUGUAAACAAUGCAAAAUAAACUUAUAGGUUAUUUACGAGACUAGAGCCUCUCAAAAGAUGGAAGAUUACAAAUUUGUGACAAGGCCUGAUUAUAUUUUGUGGGCCUAUAUCUGGAUGUACAAAACCACUUUGAACUCUUCACAUCUUCAUUAUGUUAAAGAAGGUGGCAUCACUGUUUCCGUACUUUUGGAUAUCCCCACCUGAUCUGUAGCCACUGUUUUGCUAACCAAAUAGUCCCUUUUGAAUGUUAGCUGGAAAUGAGAUUUCCCAAUGUUAUGAAUCUCUCAGCCUUUCUUCUAUAACUAUGUGUAAAUCUAUUUCUAAUCUUUUUGGCUGUCAUCAGUGGGGCCUUUGACCUCUGAGCAGCAAUUGACCAUGCUCUGUGGUAGGGCAGGUGAGAUUUGGGACAUUUGUCAUUUGUAAACCAUUUUCUCAUGAAGGAUAAUCAUUCUCUCCCAUUGAGGCGAGAGUAAAAAUAGCAUUUUUUUUUUAACAGAAAUAAAGUUU